AUGCUUCAUCUUCCCCUCCUUCUUCCCAUCAUAGAGGCAUCUUCGGUAUGGGACCCGGCUCCCUGUCUUGAUAAGUGUCCGGAACUCUCCGAGCCAGUGGCUCUAUUGGAGGCGUUGGUGUUCUCUCCACCAUUGAUCGAAGCAGCCCUCUCAGGAGGCCCUGAGGCAGGGUAUGAGGCUCUUCGGGACGAUCAGCAGUACUCCUGUGUAGCCGAGAAGCUGUGUGGUACAUGCGGAGAGAUAUCCACAUGUAACCUCGGCCGAUGUAUCAACGAUCAUGUAGAGUGUCGUCGAUUGACUGACUUCACUUCAGAGUUGGUGAAGAUCUGCUACUGCUCCAUCGGGUAUGACAUCGGCCUCCUCAGCGCGAUGAUCGACCCCCGGUGGUCGGCCGACCCUCCGCCUUGUGAGAGUAGCCUCCCAGAUGGUACUGCUGAUAAGGUCGCAGCCUCGUGUCGGGGUAAGCAUCCUCUCUUGGGUUGA